UUCCUUUGUCUUAUUAUUCCUUGUCUAUGUUCUUACUUGUGUUCACUAUUUUUCUUGGACAGAUUCCAAGUUUCUUAUUCUUCAAGGUAAGAGAAUCUUGGUCAAAAACAAAGAAAAGAAACGUUGAGAUUGUGGAGAAAUGGACAAGCUCAGUCAGUUGCCUGAGGAAUUGCUGGUGAAGGUACUUUCAUUUCUUCCAACAAAAGAUGCUGUAAGCACAAGUAUUCUAUCAAUGCGAUGGAAGUCUCUUUGGAUGUGGCUACCUAGGCUGGAGUUCGAUUAUAGUUGUUAUUCAAUGUCUAGAGGGCAGGGGUUUGCAAGAUUUAUUUCUUUGAAUCUGCCAGUACAUAAAGCUCCGGCCAUUGAAAGAUUGAGUCUCAAGUUUAGGUAUAUAGAAAAUGGAUCAAUCGAACCUGAAGAUAUCGAUUUUUGGGUUUCACUUGCAAUCUAUAAAAACGUCCGUGAGUUAUGUCUCAAGCUUUUAUCUUUUGCGGAGCGUCCAACUAAGUUGCCUAGUAGCUUGUAUAUCUGCAAAUCGAUUGUGAUCUUGACACUGAAAGACGAGAUUCUCGUGGAUGUUCCUGGUACGGUAUGUCUCCCCUCCCUGAAAACGUUGUUCCUUAGACGUGUGACUUACUCGGAUGAAAAUUCUCUUCACCGACUUCUUUCCAACUGCCCUGUUCUUGAGGAUCUUGUUGUGGAAAGAGAUGAAAUUGACAAUUUGGGAAAAGUGAGUGUGAUUGUCAAGUCCUUGCAGAGACUAACCCUAAAGAUGUCUGUUGCUUGUGAUCUUGAUGGGCUUAUGAUGAAUACUCCUUCUUUGAAGUAUUUCAAAGUCACUGAUGAAAGGCUAGACAGUAAUGGUGAUAGUGAUAGUCCUCGAUACGCCUACUCUUUUGAAGCUAUGCCUAAGUUGGAGGAGGCAGAUUUUUUAUUGACAUUCCAAAAUAUCAAAAAGUGUUUUAGAUCAUUCACAUCUGUUAAGCGGCUUUCGUUAUGCUUAGGAGUCUACAAAGAAGAGUCUUUAUAUCAUGAGGGUCUUGUUUUCAACCAGCUUGAAACUUUGAAGAUAUGUUCAUGUGAUUCAGAUUGGUCAAUUUUACUUGCUCGGUUACUCAGGGAUUCUCCUAAUUUACGAGAUCUCGAGACUUACGUGAUAGAAGAUCAUCCAGACAGGCGUGUAAAUCUACCAAAUCAUUGGGACAAUCAAUUGAAUUGUGUUCCUAAAUGUUUGUUGUCGAGUCUCGAAACGUUCUAUUGGAGUGAGAUGCAUGGAUUGCUGCAGAACCAGAUGGAUGUGGCUAAAUACAUCUUGAGAAAUGCUCUCUGCUUAAAGUCUGCGACAAUCUCUUUUUCGACAACCUAUGCGCAAGAAACAAUAGAUGAGAUGAUCGAAGAGUUGGCACUUUCUUUUCGAGGUCCAGAAACAUGCCAAGUUUUCUUUGAUUGAGGAUGUGAAUCAUAAGGAUUCAGACUUGCAUUUCCAUAGACACUACCCUCCGUAUUACAAUGGUUUUUUAUUUGCAGCCGUAACUUGAUCUAAACUUAAGGUUUAUUUUUUGUUUUUGGUGUUUUUGUAUACUUUAUCUUUGAGCAUACUGUUUUUGUUGAGACAUUGGUUUUAUCUUCUUCUGAUAUCUCACAUCUAGACUCUCUCUUAGGUAUGAAACUAGCUUCACCAAAUCACCCAAGUAUUUCGUACGAACAUUAGCGUAAGUGAAAAUGUGAUUUCAUCUCUCUGUUUCCAUAGUGUAUACUUUUAUGUUCUUCUUGAAACUCUGCAAACCAAUCUUUUUAAAUGGAGAAAUAAGAAAGUUGCAAAAAGAGGGACAAGUCUUAGACAACAACGACAACAGAGGAAUAUGAAGAAACAGAGAUAGAGAACAGAUUAGAUAGCUUGCAACACAAGUCAAACAUAUACAUAUACGAGAGAAAAGAGAUUGAAA